UCUAAGGUCCGGUCCGCCCCUCGAGUUUCACUUCCGAUGUCAGAGGUCACGGUCCCGGCUGAAGAUGGCGGCGCCCGACGAGUUGUUUUGCUGGGAAGGAGACUGGGGUCUACCGUCAGUCAGCACCGACUGCCUGGUGGUCCUGGCCUACGCUCAGUUUGCAGGAGCUCCUCUGAAGCUCAAGAAGAUGUCUAACCCCUGGAGGAGUCCCAGCGGAUUACUUCCCACUCUGAGGACCAAUCAGAAAGAGAGUUUGACCAGACCCUCCGACAUCAUCAUCCACCUGAGAAAACAGAAAUACAACGCGGACUACGACCUCUCGGCCAAAGAGGGCGCCGAUAGCCUGGCCUUCACCUCUCUGCUGGAGGAGAAGCUGAAACCUGCUUUGAUCUACACCUUCUGGGUGGAGCCCAAGAAUUACGUGGACGUGACCCGCCGCUGGUACGCUGACCACAUGCCCUUCCCCCUCAACUUCUUCCUGCCCGGCCGCAUGCAGCGCGGCCAGCUGGAGAAGCUGCGUCUGCUGCGAGGAGACGAGGGCCUGGAGGCCGGGGAGGAGCUGGAGAAGGAGCUGUACCGUGACGCUGUCGAGUGUCUCAACCUUCUCUCCCAGCGACUCGGCUCACAGAAGUUCUUCUUUGGUGACUCACCCUGUUCUCUGGACGCUUACGUCUUCGGUCACCUGGCCCCCGUCCUGAAGUCCAAGCUGCCCAACAGCAAACUGCAGCAGCACCUCAAGUCCCUGGACAACCUGACCAGCUUCUGCAGCAACAUCCUGCUGCUCUACUUCCCCCAAGACGGCCGCGAGACCUUCGGUCCAAAGCCUUCCUGCUCGCCAGCGGCGGCGCCCGAAGGCGGAGACUUUGACCACGUCCCCAAUAAGCGCAGGAAGCAGGUGCUGUCGGCCCUGGUGGCGCUGGGCGCCAUGCUGAGCUACGCCCUGCUGACCGGCAUGGUGUCCAUCCAGCAGGAGGUGCUGCAGCCGCAACCGCACCCCUUGACCAUCGGUUCCCAUGGCGACGAGGACGAGGACAACUGAGGAUGCACCGUGGUGCAUUAUGGGACUUUACGGACAGAAGUAGAGAUGUCGUAGCAGAGAGCUUGUUGUCUGCUCCGCUGUCACCAAAGAAAGGUGUCGCUCUUAUUAAAAGAGAAUAAUCUUCAGCAGCAGCUGCUUGGUAAACAGGAAGUGAACAACGUUGGUUUAUGUAAAUACAUCAACAAAUAAUCUGGUUAUUCCUUGAGUUGGAUGUGUUUAAACAACAUUGUUAAAAAAAAUAAACAAGUUAAAGA